UGGAGAUGAGGGUGUAAGCAGGGAGGAGGGAGAAGGUUGUUGUUGAAAAUUCAGACAGCUGGCUUGAAUGUCUCCAGCUAAUGCGUCGGCUUCUGCUAGUUCAACAUUGAGCAGAGUUGAAAACGAAACCUCUCUUGUCAGAAGAAAAGUGUCAAUAUGACUUAUUGACCAAUCCAAGGUCGUCGGGGGCGUCGUAGAAUGGUGUUCCAUAUCCAAGUUUCUUUGAUCUUGUGUCUGAGUGAGAUGUUUUGGAGGAAAGAAGGCAGUAAUUUUCGGCUGAGCGGCUUUAUGAAGAGGAGAUGACUGUGGCUGCAGUUGCUGGCUGGCUGCCAGUGCUCUACUUCUUUGCCUCGUCAAAACCAUUUUGUCAGUAUACUAUACUAUCUCAGUAUACUAUCUCAACUCGUGGGAACAAAAUGAGUUGGGGUAGUUUAGUUUGUAAAAAUAUUGUUUGUUAGUCUAAUCCACUGGUUCUGGAGCAGUGCCUCCCUCUGCCUUCAUGCAAGUCCACGCAGCCAAAAAAGGAGACCAAGCGUUUGCAGAAGGGGGAAGGCAAAAUCCUAUCUAUGCAGCUGGCAAUUGGAAAGAAAAACACUGCCGGCUACAGCAAACGUGAUGAUCCGGGCCAGUAGAAGAUGAUAUCAAAUGUGCAGGCAAUGUCCAACCAAUCCUCAAGAGUGACUGAAUUCCUUCUCCAUGGCUUCUCUGAUAUUCAGGACUUGGAGACAUUCCAUUUCAUUAUUUUCCUAGUCAUUUAUUUGAUGGCCCUCGUUGAAAACCUUCUCAUCAUAACACUCAUCAUAUACAGCCAUCACCUUCACAAACCCAUGUACUUCUUUUUGGCCAAUCUGGCAUUCCAAGACCUGGGUUCCAUAUCUGUUUCAGUCCCUAAAUCCAUGGCAAAUUCCCUGAUGAACACCAAGACCAUUUCUUACAAUGGAUGUAUCUGCCAAGUUUUCUUCCUUCUCUUCUUCAGUGCAUCUCAUUUUUUCCUGCUUGGCAUCAUGGCAUAUGACCGCUAUGUUGCCAUCUGCAAUCCACUGCGGUAUGAGACUGUGAUGAACAAGAAAGCAUGUAUCCAAAUGGCAAUCAGUGUAUGGCUUAUUGGGCUUCUCUAUUCUGCAGUAUACACUGGAAAUACCUUUGCAAUAGACUUCUGUUCCAAUGAUAUCAAUCAGUUCUUCUGUGAAAUUCCAGCACUAUUUAAGAUUGCUUGCUCUGAUUCGUAUCUCAUUACAUAUUGGGUUAUCUGUGUUGCUGCUCCCCUGCCCUUUAUCUAUCUUGCUUUAAUAGUUUUUUCAUAUGUUCAGAUCUUCAGGGCAGUUCUAAGAAUUCCUUCUGUCCAAGGAAAGCAAAAAGUCUUCUCAACUUGCUUGCCACACUUUAUUGUAAUAACCUUAUAUUUUAUAAGUAGUACAUUUGCCUAUUUAAAGCCAAAAUCUGGGUCUGUAUCCACCAUAGAUCUGGUGCCUUCAGUGUUCUACUGCAUGUUACCACCAGUAAUGAACCCAUUUAUCUAUAGCAUUAGGAACAGGGAACUGAAAAUGGCAUUCUGCAAAUGUAUUGUCAAUCUUUUGGCUCAUUUCUUACCCAAUUAUCAUCAACAAGGGCAUGGACUCUAGGAACUACCUUUUUUGUUUCUGAAAUGUUUAUUGAAACAGUUCUAAAUGUUUACAUAUUUUUUUUAAAAUGUCAUUUUAAUUUUCUUCAUUUUUUCACUGACCCUUAUCUCAAAUCACGUUUUUUGCCUCCAGAUAAAUCUAAACGUUAAGUAAACUCAUGUGCCAAUUAGCUACUGUUUCAUGUUCUUCCAGUGAAUGUUUGUAUUCACAAUGCUUUGCCCAGCUGCUUGAAGAAAAUGUGUGUCUGGUGUAAUUCCUUAAUAAGGGAUUGUAAUGGGCUUCCAAAAUUAAAAUUUAAUAUGUGUUGUUCGGUAUUGACAGCUUAGCUCUGGUUUACCCAGGUGUGCUACCAAGCCACAAUAGGAUGACUUCUGGUGAGAUCUGUUGCCAUAUGUAGCUUUCUAAACCUGUUGCUAUCUACUGCUAGAGCCAGGAAAUGAGUGUUUGGUCACUAUGCCUCUCUUAUCCCUGAAUAGGGACAGAGAAAUCUGUUUCUUUCUACUCUCUCUUUGUUUUGCCUUGCUUGUCUGUUAUUCUCCCCUGUUGCUUUCUGAUGGGAAGUUCUUAGUUAUUUUUAAAACCCUACCUAAUAAGAUAUUAUUUUCCACAGGAGUUAUUAUGUAGAAUAUGCCACUCUGCCACAUUUGGUGGAGAAUGAAUUUUCUCCCUCUUUCUAUUAGGCCAGAGUGGAGGCUCUAUGAACGGAACAUAUCCGAACCUUGGGGAAGUCCAGCCAAUUAUUGGGCAGUUGGGCAGCAGAAUAUAAGUCUGAUCCUCUCUAGUCUUUCUGCAUUCGGCACAACAACCUAGCUACAUCCACACACCCCAACUGUGUUUUAAAUUGCCUUUGCUAGUUUCUCCUUCAUGGCGGGCUGAGUAGGAUUAUUUUUAAAAAGUUAUUGGAAGGCUACCUGAUUGACCAUGGAUCCUGCCUUUUUCACCUAGUCUAAAGGUCCCCAAAUCUUUUCACCCACAGAUCACUUGAUGAUUGCCUAGGCUCUUGGUGGACAGCUUAAUGAUUUUUCUGUCUCUGAUGUGCUGUGCUGGAAGCUGUAUGAUUUAUAAUUGUAUUUUUACAUACAGUACAUGGCACGGACCACCUGAGUGAAGCUUGCAGACCACUGAUGGUCCAUGGACCCCUGUUUGGGAACCAAUGGCCUACUCCAUACUGCCUCUUACCUGGGAGAUCUAUAUGGGCUAAUUUGGUUAAUUUGCAUCAUCAGUCAUAUCUGGCAGGUAAAGAUGCAUGGCUCUUUCCGUUUGGCAAGCACCCUGAGGCAUCUGGGGGAUGAAGAGCAUUUUCACUACCUACCUCUGAUUAGGAACAUAGGAGGCUGCAUUACACUGAAUCAGACCCACUCGUCCAUCUAAUUCAGUAUCGUCUACACUGACUGGCAGGAGCUCUCCAGGAUUUCAGACAGGGACACUUCUGGGAACUUCUGCAUGCAGAUGCUCUACUACUGAGCUGCUCCCCAAAGGGAUUGCCAACCAGGUCAAGGGGAAACUGGAAGGGAGCUGCCUUUGCAUUGCAAUCAAAAUUGUAUUUAUUUAUUUAUAUGUGCACCUGCACCCCACAAGAUUGAUGCUUCUGCUCACUGAGCAGAGGCACUGAUCCUGUGGGGAACAGGUGCUAGUUUGCAAGCAGCUUUUCUGUUACUAGUCUGACUGUUGAAUAUAAGGAAAGGAAAAGCAGGAAAAGGAAGGAAGGGGAUUUUCUAGUGCAGGAGAAGAAAAAGCACCUGUUUUACUGAGCUCUUCCUCCGGAACACAAGGAAUGCAGUGCUUAAAAUGACAAAUGGGACCUGUAACCAGGGAUGGGGAAGAAAUCUGAUCCAGUUUGCAUUUAAAGCUAAAUAGAACAAAUGUGCACUUUCCAAAACAAUAUGAGAAAUAAAACACAGUCAUCCUUCAAGAUGCCACUUAUCCAAAUUUUUCAAUGCAGUUCUCCAACCCAACAAUAUUAACAAAAAUGCACAUAUUGGGAGGGAAUGUGCAGGGAAAAAUAUUUAUUUAUUUAUUAUAUUUUUAUCCCUCCUUGCCUUGAAGGAGCUCAAGGUAGUGUACAUGGUUCUCCACCCUAUCCAUUUUAUCCUCACAAGAGCUCUGUGAGGUAGGUUAGGCUGAGAGACCGUGACUGGCUGAAGUGUCACCCAGUGUGCUUUGUGGAUUGGGGGGUGUUGAACCCUCGUUUCCCACAUCUUAGUCCAACACUCUAGAAACUACACCACAACAGCAACUACAAUUUAAUGUUAGAUUAGUGAAAAUAACAUAUAAAAUGCAUUAUAAUUAGAGAAAUUACUUGCAAAAAGUGUACAUUAGUCAACAACUGCUUACAUAAAUGUUUAUUAGGAGAAAUUUGCACUAAAAUGCAGAAGAAUUUUCCUAAGGGCUUUUUAAAAAUAAAUAAAUCACAAAUUGAUGCAGGAAUGGGGAGAACUGAUUUAAGGUUUGAAAAAUGAAAAAAAUGAGGUAACUGAAAUUGACAGACCUAUCCAGCCCUACUUCCUAGAGAUGACACAAUGGGUGUGAGUGUGGGAGAGCACAUUGGCUGUUGCCAGGCACAGUAACAGGCACCAAUUGGGACUGCAGAGCCUAGAGUGCAGAUUCAUUUUUUGGCCACACUAUCCUAGUGACUGUGGCUUUUUGGUAGUUCCAGCUCCUUAGCCAUAUUUAAGAAGGCCAUCUGUCUAGACAAUGAGAUAAUAUUCUCUAUUAGUAUUAGUAUUUUUCAAUCUCUAUGUCCUCAAAAUACCAUAGGUCUUGGAAGAGGGCUAUUUAAAAAAAAUUAAAUGUACAAACCUAUUAUUCUGCAAAUGUAGGGAGUUUUCUGGGUCUAUAAAACUUCUACCUGUUCUUUUGGUGGUCCUGUUUUGCUUCAAAACUGAAAAGUCAUUUUCGUUUGCUAUGACAAUGGUACUAGAUCUGCUGACCUGUAUAUGCAGUCCAGCCCAUGAAUACAUAUCUUACACAUAUGUUCACAGCUAUAUACAGUUGGGGACUUCUACUGGAGAAGAUUGAAGAUGAAGUUAGCAAGAGCUGAUAAAUGAUUAUCUCAAUGAAUAUAAAGGUCUAUUUACAUAAAAUGAUAGACUGCAAGUACAAUCGUAUUGCACCUUGAAGCGGCAGUACAGAAAUGUAAAGUCAUUCCAUUCUACCCUGGGAUCCUGAGAACAUCCUGAGAUACCAUCUUAUCAGGAGGUCUGUUCUGCACAACAUAGGAAAUUGACCUUUAGUGUGGCAGCACCUACCCUGUGGAACUCCCUCCACUUAAAUAUUAGACAGGCACCAUCUCUGUUAUCUUUUUGGCGCCUGCUGAAGACUUUCCUCUUUCAACAAGACUUUUAAGUUGAGACCUUAUCCCAGUCUGCUUCUGUGUUGGAAUUGCUUUUUAAUAUGUUUUUAAAUCUUUUUUAAAAACAAUAUGCUUUUUAACCUUUUUUAAAGAUGUCUUCAAAGCAUUUAAAAAAAUGUUUUAAAGUUGUUUUGUUUUAAUGUAUUUUAGGGUCUGUUUUUAUGAUGUUUUAAAGGGUUUUUAGUGCUUUUGUUUGCCACCCUGGGCUCCUGCUGGGAGGAAAGAUGAGAUAUAAAUCAAAUAAUAAAUAAAUAAACAUUCCAAAUAUAGUUGAAAAAUAGAAAGAGUUUUCCUUUUUGAUUUAACACUGACUUGUGGUAUCUGGAAAAGUCUUGACUAAUUCUAGGAGAAAACAACAAAUAUGUGAAGGUAGACCAAACCAUGUGUGUUUUCUCUGUCAAUUAUUACUCACUGGAAUUGGGUUGGCUGUCAAAGUGAGUUUAUAGCGGCCUACACGAUAAGCAGAAAAGGGUAGAGAAUCUUCUUAAGUCUUGCUCGUUUCUCAAACUUCUCUCUACAGUGAAAGAUCAAGUCUGUCAGGAAGUUUAGAGCAGCCAUGUUAAAAGGCAGGCAUGGAAUUCCAGGCUGAGAAGUGGGAGGACAGGGAGCAGAAGCAAAGAUAAGGGAUAUAGCUAAGCUGAAGAAAUAUUGAAUGUGAAUGAUGUGGAACAGACUCUUGUGCAGAAGACUGAACAGAGUGGGAAUGUAGAGGAGCCCAGUUCUAGGAAAAAGUCUUCCUGAUGGGUGUUAACAUUAACAAAAGGGUUUUAAGGGGACUACUGAAUAAAAGUGACAUUAAAUGAGAAAGGAAACAAGAAAUGAAAAUAAUGAACUAUCAGCAGCAAUUAUAAUAGAGCUUUUCCACUGAAGAGCGGCAGGGAGGUUACGAGGGUUCUCUGUCCAUUCAGAAUUCACAGCCAGGUGACUGAGGGACUUUCAUCAUGGUUAGAGGUGGACACAUUUCCCAAGGAAUAUAAACUUAUUAUUAAAACAAUUAGAGAUGGAAGGUGUUUGCUAGUGGAUGCCUUAUUGUUAUGGUCCUAGCAUUAUUCAAUAAGGGUGUCCAUUUGCAUUAAAUGUGGCAGACGUUCUAGGGGUAUAAUUAGGCUUUUGCACUUACAUGAGGUUCAUUUUUUCAGGGUCAUUCCUUGUGCAAUGACAACUGUGGAGCGGAUAUUUAGUGAGAAUCACCGCAGCUUCCCUUAAUAGGAGGAUACUUAACUUGAACUACAGCAACUAUCUCUGAUGUUUUUCCAAUUCCACCACACUCAUUGUUCAAAGCAAAGCCAAAAUAAAUACAUAACUUUGGGGCAUGUGGAGAGUUCUAAUUGGAUUGACAUUCUUCAAAAGAAAAGCCAAUCAUCAUCCUCUCCCCACACCUCAACCAACAUGCCUUUUAGUCAUAUCAGUACAUAUUAAUAUCUUCAAGCCAUCAUGUGUUUUGCAAACAGGUGAUGAAUCUGAGUGAAACACCAGUGCUAGACAUCCUUACAAGCACCAGAAUUGUAUAUGCGAGACUAUGGAGAAGCAACAAAAGCCCCUCAUAAAUGUAACUGAUUCACAGAAUAUGGGAACUGAUAUACAGUAAAUUAUCUAACUGACUCCUCUACUGAAAUAUUCUACGAAUUAUAUAAAAAAAGUUAACAGCUGGGUUCCAGCAAUUCAGUAUAUUAUCCACCAUUGAUUUUAAAUAGAUUAGGAAGAGAUUUUAUGUUAUUACGAAUUUGAAGGAAAAUAGAUAGUAAAGAAAUGGAAACAUGUUGAUGGAAACUUAAACAUCUGUGUGUGUGCAUGCGGGUGUGUGGGCGUGUUUAAUUUGGUA